CUCUAUGAAAAUUGACAAGCAAAUGCUUUCGUCCGCCAUAAUCAUUUGCGGAAUUUGUUAUCAAACAUCAGGCGAACAAAACCAGUGUGUUUAUAGUUUUUUAGUGAGCAAUGGCUAUAGUUGAGGACGAAGUUAGAAAUGAAUCGGAAGAAGAAAAUGAAAUUGAGGUGGUAGUGGAAGAGGAGGAGAAUGACGGAGCAGACUCUGACGACUCAGAUGAUGAAGAUGAGGAUAUGAUAUUGGAGAGAAAAGUGAAGGAGUUGGAAGCACGCAUUGCAGAAGACCCUUACAACUAUGAUGAACAUGUUGAUCUUAUCCAAGCUUUGUGGGGUUUAUCCUCACUGGAGCGCUGGCGCUCUGCCUUCGAACGUCUACAACAGCUGUCAUCCCUGCGGGCGGAGCACUGGCUGCUUCGACUGCAAACUGAAGUGUCGUUAGCACACACAGAUGUAUCUCGUGAACGGGUGGCCAAGCUGUUCCAACAAGCUGCGCUUGAUUGCUACUCAAUCCCGAUACUAAGCGAGUGGUGUUCCUGGUCGCUGACGUUCGGCGAGGCGGACAAAGCGAGGGCACAACUCGAAGAGGUGAUCAGACGAGCUGGGGCUGACCCAUUCUCCGGGAAGAUCUUUUGGGAUGCUAAGUUGGAGCUGGAGAAGGCCCAGUUGGAAACUAUGAGGGAGGAAGACACAGAGUACGUAGCACAAAAGGAGCGGGUGCUAUGGUGCCUUGAAGAGGCAGUCUCUCGGCCGCUGCUUAGGGGAGAGGACGCCUUACAACAGAUGGAGGAACUCGCGCUGUCCUUGCAUGAUCAGGACUAUGUUGACAAGGUGAAGAAACAACAUGAAUCUGCAGCAGAUUUUUUGAACAAAAUAACGCCAUUCGAGGACAAGCUAUUGACCUUAGAGAAUCCAGAUGAGAAAUGCCAAGUGUACCAGGAGUAUAUAGAUACAGUGAAGGAUCUGUCUCUAGAUGAGAAGUACGCUGAAUGUGAUAGUAAUGGAAUAUUGAGGGUGCUGUACGACCGCGCGACCACCGACUGCAUAGUAUGCGCGGGCUCCUACGAGCUGCUCGUCGCAUACGCGCGUCACGCGCAUGCGCACUCCUCGCGCAGCACGUACUCGCGCGUGCUGGACUCGUGCGGCCGCCGCUGUCCGCGCCGCGCCACCUUCUGGACGCUCGCCAUGCAGCAGGCGGAGCACGAGGGAGGGGGGUUCGAGGAGGUGAAGUCAAUAUUCGAGACAGCUCUCUCGAAGGGCAUGGAGACGUACAAACAGAACGAGGCGCUGUGGCUCAGCUACUUGGAGUACACGCGGCGUCGCACACAGCUCGACAAUGAGGACGAUGUCGAGAAGAUGCGGAGGACGUUUAGACUCGCCUGGGAUUCACUCGCUGAGGCUUGGGGCGAAGAGGCGAACGACUGUGAAGUGCCGUUAUAUUGGGCCCGCCUCGAGUACAAGGUGCUGAAUGACCCCAAACAAGGAAAGGAGAUCUUCGAGGAAAUAUUCAAAUACGGCGAAAACAAGACCAUGUCGAAAUACUGGGAGGCUCUCAUCACGUUAGAAAGUAAUCGAAGUCCAAAACCUUCUGAGAACAAACUGCGCGAUUUGAUGCGUCGAGCGCUACGGUCCGUGAAGGACUACCCGCCGUCCAUAGCGAGGCUGUGGACCGACUACGAGAGGGACCAUGGACAUCUCAGCACUUUGAGGGAGUGUGUGGACGCUUGUGAGGCAAAAACAAAAGAAUGGCGUGAAAGCUAUCAAGCGAUGAAGGACAAAAUGAUUGGUAACAAGAAACAGCAGAAAGGCAAGUCUGACAACAAAAAGUCCAAGUUUGACAAGAAGAAGUCUAAAGAUGACUUCAAGGACAAGGGCAAAGGGAAACGGAAGUCGGAUGGUGCUGAUGAGGGCAGUAAGGGGAAGAGGAAGAAGGAAGUUGAGAUGGAGGUAGAUCAGGAAGACACGGGGGGAGUUAAGAGAUCUCAUGAUGAUGAAGAAGAGGAAGAAGUGGGUGAGAGCAAGCGUCAACGCACGGACAGCACGAGUCCGCAUCGGCUGGGCACCAGGGACGCGUGCACUCUCUUCGUCAGCAACCUGGAGUUCAAAGUGGACGAGCAGAGACUCCGAGACAAGUUGUCACAAUACGGCGACAUCAUCUCGCUGCGAGUUAGGAAGGGGAUCAAAGCGUUCGGCGGAUCCAUCUGUUAUUGCCAAUAUAAAACUCCAGAAGCAGUAGACGAGGCACUAAAACACGACAGGAUGCCACUAGACGGUCGUCCGAUGUUCCUCUCCCGGUACUCAGCUACUAAGAAGUCCAAGCCCACCUUCAAAUACUCCACAGAAGCGGAGAAGAACAAACUGUUUGUGAAGAAUCUGCCCUUCUCGCAUUGUACUAAGGACGCUUUGGCUGAUGUCUUCGAUAAGUACGGCAAAUUGAAGGACGUGCGGGUGGUCACGCAUAAGGAUGGCAAACCAAAGGGCCUAGCGUACAUAGAGUAUGAAGACGAGAGCUCAGCAGCCGCCGCCGUCACCAGCACACACGGCAUGACGCUCGCGGACCGCAAGCUCGACGUAGCGCUCAGUGCACCGCCGCCGAGACAGACCGAGCUGCCGGCACUCGGCCUCGCCAAGCGAGACGCGGGCGGUGGCAUGCGACGAACGCAACUCAGCAGUUUCAUCCCCAGCGUGCUACAGCGACCAUCCACGAGUACAGCCAAGCCGACCACCAGCACAGCCAACGGCAGCUCCACCAACGGCGACCAGACCAAUGGCGACCACAGCAACGACAAGCGACCACUCAGCAACAGCGACUUCAGAACUCUUCUGCUUAAGAAAUAACCAACUAAUAAUAAAUAAUGCUUUUACAAAUACAGUCUGUAAAUAAACUUAAAACUUCAUACCUUUAGCGGAACUCACAUUUUUAGCCGACCUCAAUAAAAGAAGUAGGUACGUUUUCAAUUAUCGAUACUUUUUAUAUUAGAGGUGUACCGUGAUCGAUGAAUAUUCCGCCUGUUUGCUACGGUUUAGUAAUCUAACGUAGUCGGCUUAGUAGAUUGUGUAAGAAUAAUCGACCUUUCUGACAGCAAUAAUAUUCGCUUAAAAAUAAAUAAUUCACGUUAGUGAUAAAGUAAAAACUACUUAUAAACGUAAACAUAGUCGAUUAUCGAUUUAAAAUAAUCGUUUUAAAGUACCCAGUACAUCUCUAAAGGGCGCCAAAUAUGAUGUGAACUGAGAAGAAAUUCGUGCUGUAUUUAACGGAUUUCGACAAUCAGAACGAUUGCGUCACGGUUAAAGUUUUCUAGAUCAGUAGACGUAGUACGAGCAUACAUAUGUAAGGGAAGAGUGAAUGAUUUUUUAUUGACAUAAUUUCUAAGGUUGACUAAAUGCUAGUCUUGAAUAAAACGUUAGAAUAGUUCGUGCUACGCCUACAGAUCAGACAACCGUGUAUUUUGGCUUUAACUCGUAAUGAUAAGCGCCUCAUACGCUAGUACAUAGGUACCGUAUAUUACGUAUUUGAAGGCGAUGAUUUGUAUACUUAUGAUAUCACUGUAUUAUAAAUGGUUAGGACGGGACUUUGACACCGAAAGUGGUGUUUAUUUGUGAAAUUAUAAUCACAAUAAUUCAUGUAAUCACUAAGCUUCGUCAUUGGUAUGUUUAUUUCGUUGUAAAAAUUUAAAUUUCAGUUUUUGUUCUGUUAAGUCUAUAUGAAAUGUCUGUAUUAGGAUGUGAUGUGUGUCGGAGUGUCGAUGCACGGUUUUGGUGUCUAAUGGUUGAUUUAUGAAUUUCGUGUAAUGAUUUUUUAUAAAGCUGUUUUAAAAGGUUAUUCGCACUUCGGUAAAAGAUGUUGCAGGGUAAAGAAAAUUCGAAUUUAUAAAUCUUGCAACGGCACUUCGUGAUACAAUUGAGAACUUUGUCAAUACUUGCUUUUUGUUACUCAAAACCGGAUUGUUUAUAUCGAUGUUCACGCAUUCAUUCCAUAGACGUUUAAUGCGUAUUAUUGUACCAAGAUGUGAUCGAAAUAUAGUCACAAUUUUCAUAAUAAUUAUAGCCAUAUAGUCCACUUCACUUGAAUGUAAAUGUUUGAUAUAUAAAUAAUAGCAGUCACUCAGCGUGUGUGUACACAGUAACUUCUGAUUAUUUUGUGUUAUAUAACUUGAACAUUUGUUUUGUAUUCGGAGUUUUACACUGCGGUGUGAUUGCGGACAGUGAAUGAUUCAGAAUAAAUGAGUUUUGUUGUA